CUCUCGAUACCAAGAUCCGACCACAAUGGAGGCCAUCAAGCUUCAGAGGAAGCAUCCGCAAUUCUCGCAAGAGGAGAUGAUGUCCCUCAUCAACCGUUUCCAUCAAAUUGACAUCGAUGGGAAGGGCUCAGUAGGCAAGCAAGACGUCAUCAAAGCUGUGCAGGACCAAGGAGAGGCUUCGUACGAUCAGGCAAGGGAGACACUUAAGGAGGUCAAUCUGGACUCGUCGGGUAGGGUCGAGUUGGAGGACUACGUUGAGCUCUUCGCUAAGCUUCGAGCGGGUCGCAACCUGUCUGCAGGAACCGUCACCAAGGGAAAGGUGACCGUAAAGGGCAGCAACGCCAGCGUCCAACACACUAUCAACGAGGACGAGCGUACUGAAUUCACGCGACACAUCAACCAAAGCUUGGCCGGCGAUGCGCACAUUGGCAGUCGUCUGCCGAUCCCCACGGACACCUUCCAGCUCUUUGACGAGUGCAAGGAUGGAUUGAUUCUGUGCAAGCUGAUCAACGAUGCUGUGCCAGAGACGAUCGACGAACGUGUAUUGAACGUUGGGAAGGGAGCAAAGGGCCCAAACGCCUUUCAAAUGACCGAGAACAACAACAUCGUCAUCACAUCAGCGAAGGCUAUCGGGUGCAGUGUGGUCAACGUCGGCGCCCAAGACCUGAUCGAUGGCCGUGAGCACCUCAUUCUCGGUCUCAUCUGGCAGAUCAUUCGCCGCGGCCUGCUCAGCAAGAUCGACCUUAAGAACCACCCGGAGCUCUACCGCCUUCUCGACGACGGCGAGACGCUCGAAGAGUUCUUGCGUCUACCCCCCGAUCAGAUCCUGCUGCGUUGGUUCAACUAUCAUCUCAAGGCCGCCAACUGGCCGCAGCGCGUCAACAACUUCAGCAAGGACGUGUCGGACGGGACGAAUUACACGGUAUUGCUCAACCAGCUCAAGCCGGAGUCGUGCGACCGUGCACCUUUGCAGCAGGGAGACGUACUCAAGCGUGCAGAGAUGGUCUUGCAGCGAGCGGAUGCGAUCGGGUGCCGCAAAUACCUCACCCCUGGGGCGAUGGUAGCGGGCAACCCGAAGCUCAACUUGGCUUUCGUGGCGCACCUCUUCAACACCUGGCCAUGCCUCGAAGCUCUGGAGGAGCCUCCUCCGAUGGAGAUCGAGGACUUCGAUGCCGAGGGAGAGCGGGAGGCUCGAGUCUUCACCCUGUGGCUCAACAGCUUGGACGUGGACCCUGGAGUCUACAGCUUGUUUGAGGACCUCAAGGACGGCUCCGUCAUCCUUCAGGCGUUUGAUAAAGUCGUGCCAGGGUCAGUCGUGUGGAGGAGGGUGAGCAAGCCCAAGGAGGGGCAGGAGUUGAGCAGAUUUAAGGCAGUAGAGAACACCAACUACGCAGUCGACCUGGCAAAGGCAAACCAAAUGCACAUCGUGGGGAUCCAGGGAGCCGAUAUCGUCGAUGGGACGAAGACGUUGACGUUGGGCUUGGUCUGGCAAUUGAUGCGCCUCAACAUCUCGAAGACUCUCUCAUCUUUGGGUAAGGCAGGACGAGGCGUUUCAGACCAGGACAUGGUUGCUUGGGCAAACAACGUCGUCAAGACCUCAGGCAAGACUUCCUCGAUGCGAUCAUUCAAGGACCCGUCACUUCGCUCUGCCCACUUUUUCCUGGACGUCCUCGACGGCCUGCGAAAGGGAAUCGUCGACUACUCCCUCGUCACAAAGGGGAGCACCGAGGACGAGUGCAGGAAUAACGCUAAACUGGCUAUUUCGAUUGCGAGGAAGAUGGGAGCCCUGAUCUUCCUGGUUCCAGAGGAUAUUGUUGAUGUGAGGCAGAGGUUGAUCUUGACUUUUGUGGGGAGCUUGAUGGCUUUGCAGGGUGGGGCUGGGUCAGCGUGAGAGGGUAAAUGCACAUCCAAAGCUGUUCGUAGGGGAGCGUAUAUCUAGCUCGGCUUGUCAAG